UCAUCUUUACCCAUAAUGCUUAGCAAAAUAUUAAGAAAGCUAGUGGGUCUUUCAAAGUAUUGGACAACAGUCUACUAUAAAUUACAUGUACAGUAAUUAGCAAAACACAACUAAAGUGUCUACUUUCAUUCACAUGUUGUAUCACAACAAUUUGAGAUAAACAAAAUGUACCGAAGAAGGUUAAGGCUAUGUGAACCCAGUGGCCUGUGUGGACCAUGUCUCUGAUCCUGUUUGCCCUGGUGGUGCGGGUCAGGGAUGGUCUGCCUCUCUCAGCCUCCACUGACUUCCAACACAACCCAGAGCUGCAGGAGAGGAAGCAGCAGCUACGGACCAUUUCCAAGGCCCUCAGCCUGUUCCCUGACAGAGGGGUGGUCAAGGGCCAUGACCUCAAUAUAUAUUUCCUCUCCAGUGAGGGCGUAUCCUACAUGAGUGUAUGUGACGCCAGGCUCCCUGCAGCCAUGGCCUUCUGUUUUCUAGAGGACCUGCGCUGGGAGUUCACAGCUCAUAUGGACAGCGCCAAGGUUGCCCUGGCAGCCAGGCCGUACCCCUUUCUGGAGUUCGACAACAGCAUAGCCUGGCUGCAGCAGCAGUAUAACCAGAGGGGUGGUCCAGCGCUGGAGGUCACUCUGACCGAGGUACAGGAGGAUCUGAAAACCCGCCCCUUGCAGAUCCUCACUCUGGAGGAGGUGGAGUUUACCAACGGCUCAGCCAAUGGCCACGCGGAACAACUUUCUGAAUCCGGUCAGAACCAGAGGUUGGAGCCAGUGACCGGCCCAGGAAUCCUCUCACUGGUCCUCAACAUCAUGUGUUCUUCUCUGAACCUCAUCAGGGGGGUUCACCUCAUAGAGUACACCUUCCAGGACGAUUAUGAAGGAAUCUGGAACGUGCUGGCGUUUCUGCUGGCGUUCCUGUGCUGUGUCGGUCAGUGUCACCUGUAUCUGUUCCACUCUUCUCUGAAGAGGGUCAAGUCCCUGACACUGCUGACUGUGGUUGUGGUCUGUAACUGCUUCCUGUUUGGUCUGAGGAAUGUCUGGCAGCUGCUGUUCCACCUGGCGGUGGCCGUCCUCGUCACCCUCCUCACCCUCAACCGGAAACUACACGACAGAACCAAUGACUGCGGGGUCUGAAAGAGGGGGGACCAGUUAGUGCGUAGCACCAUCGCAGUAAGGGGAUCCAACCCAGACAGACGUCUCCUAUCAAGUCCAGUGGGAUAUAACAUUGUUUUGUUUGUAUAUAAUUUGUGGGUAAUUUGUUGCUUUAUUUCCAUGUUUAUCUGCACUGCGUUUACGUGGCGUCCCAGGCAGGUUUGAGGAGUAGUGGAGGCCCUAACCAGGGGGGGGGGGGGGGUGUUGGAUGGUCCUCAAAUCGUCUUUUAGAAAUGAAUUCCAGAUGAAGACAAUAGUUCUGAACAAAAUACUUGAAUGAUAUGAAUUUGUAAAAUACUGACUGUCUAAUUAAAGGGCAUCCGUGUGACUAUAGCCAGUCAGACAGUAGGUCUACGUUGGACGAGGUAAUUGAGAUUACAUCAUCAGUGACGUAAAGAACACUCGCUGUCCAAUCAGACCACUGCUGUAGCUCAGUAAGGGAUAAUCAACUACCAGUCAGAUUCUCCGGGGUCUAAAUGCAGCUCGUCUCAUAGGAAAUGUACUGUGCUUUCAAUUCAAUUUGCUUUAUUGCUUUCUUUUGCGUUCUGUAGAAUUGACCAAUCAAAAUGUCUCACCAAAGUAUUUUCUGUUGUUUAUGCAGAAAGCUUCCCAAGCAGGAGGUGCUUGACAUAGAGUCUAGCCAAUUAGCUUACAGUAUUUUCUGUUGUUUAUGCAGAAAGCUUCCCAAGCAGGAGGUGCUUCCCUCUAGAUUUACAGCCACAACACCAGGUGUUAUUGCUCUUCAUGGUGGUCAGUAUUGAGGAGUUAAUAUAUAUAUAUUUAGAUCAUGGUUUUAUACUUUACAUGGCUAAGUAAGGUAUUUAUAUUAUCAAUAUAAUGUAUCUAAUUUGUUGUUCAAGAAGGCUGUUGGUAAUAGUAUGUUGCUUGGUAACAAUGGUUGUAGUUUCAUUUUUUUUUCUUAUAUCUAAAACAUACGGAAAUCAUAAGUUAAAAUGAAUACAGAAACGUUUUAUAUUGUGUAGUUAAAAUAGAUUUUGUAACACCGUAAUAAUUUUUAUUUAUUUUAUUUCACCUUUAUUUAACCAGGUAAGCAAGUUGAGAACAAGUUCUCAUUUACAAUUGCGACCUGGCCAAGAUAAAGCAAAGCAGUUCGACACAUACAACAACACAGAGUUACACAUGGAGUAAAACAAACAUACAGUCAAUAAUACAGUAUAAACAAGUCUAUAUACAAUGUGAGCAAAUUAGGUGAGAAGGGAGGUAAAGGCAAAAAAGGCCAUGGUGGCAAAGUAAAUACAAUAUAGCAAGUAAAACACUGGAAUGGUAGUAUUGCAAUGGAAGAAUGUGCAAAGUAGAAAUAAAAAUAAUGGGGUGCAAAGGAGCAAAAUAAAUAAAUUAAUUAAAUACAGUUGGGAAAGAGGUAGUUGUUUGGGCUAAAUUAUAGGUGGGCUAUGUACAGGUGCAGUAAUCUGUAAGAUGCUCUGACAGUUGGUGCUUGAAGCUAGUGAGGGAGAUAAGUGUUUCCAAUUUAAGAGAUUUUUGUAGUUCGUUCCAGUCAUUGGCAGCAGAGAACUGGAAGGAGAGGCGGCCAAAGAAAGAAUUGGUUUUGGGGGUGACUAGAGAGAUAUACUGUAGUGACAGUGUAUGUUGCUUUUUGUAUAGAUCGAUCGAUUUAUGCUUUUGGGGCUUCUGAGUGGCGCAGCGGUCUAAGGCACUGCAUCUCAAUGCUAGAGGUGUCACUACAGACCCUGGUUUGAUUCCAGGCUGUAUCACAACCGGCCGUGAUUGGGAGACCCAUAGGGCGGCGCACAAUUGGCCCAGCGUCGUCCGGGUUUGGCCGGUGGUAGGCUGUCAUUGUAAAUAAGAAUUUGUUCUUAACUGACUUGCCUAGUUAAAUUAAAAAAAUAUAUAGAUGUGACUUGGGCUCCUUCCAGUCUGCGAUAUUUCUAAUGUCUAGUCUGUUCAUGUUUUUACAGCUUGUAUAGUAAUCUGGUAAAUAAGAAAUAUAAUUAAUUUCAGCAGAAUUUGAGCUGAAAAGACAUAUUUGGAAGGAACUAUUUACCGCUUUUUCUAUGAUUGAGAGACAGUUUGAAUACAAAAUUGUGAAUUGAAGAUUCAUACCCGCUCUACUGAAAUGAACAAAUCUUGGUAAUGUGUAGAUAUUUGUUCCUCAAGCACCUGGUAACGGAAUGUCCAAUAGUUUUAUAUCCAAGACCAUUUGCACUACGGUUGGCUGGUUUAGUGUUAACUACUGAACUCAUCUGGUUGAGGGAACAAUGUGGGGGGGGUUGCAGGAAGACCCCCCCCAGGUUAAGCUGUUGUAACUGAUAGACCAAUAUGUUGAAUUAAUCUUUUGUAUAAUUGAGUUUUGUUCUGUGUAAUGAUGGCUGCUUUAAUGUCAAGGAGUCCUUUACAGUUUACUUAAAAUUGUCAAUUGAAGUGGGGGAGAGAGCGUGUCAACGUUUCAGUCUACAAGGGGUAACAUUCAGGCCCUCCUUUUCAAAGUGUUGGGUGUCUUUCAUAACCGAAAUUGAUUAGAGAUACCUGUAUUAACACAUGGUUUACCUAUUGUGUGGUUUGUAUUUUCUAAAGUAAAAUAAACCACUGUCUGAAAGGUGCAGUAAUCUGUUUGACCAAA